AAAGCUAGAUGCUCUAGCGGAAGAAAUUUCAACGAUAAAGGAGAAUAAAGAAAAUGCUGCUUACGGUAUACUGAUACUUGAGGAAACUGUUAAUGACCUUAAGAAGGAAAAGUAUGAACUUAACAGAGAGAAUGAGGACUUAAAGGAGAAAAACAAGAACUUAUUUCAAUCUCUGUCUGAAGUAAGAGCUAAAGUUAUAGAACUUCAAGACGAAAAAUCGAGUCUCAUAACUGCCCUGAAGCUAAUUCAGCGAGAAACAGUAUCACUAGCAGAAAAAAAGAACAUUAAAGACCUGGAAUCUGAGAACAAGAAUCUAAGAGCUGCCGCAAGAACGCUAUACAAGAAGACCUUGAUAAGAGCAACAGAGAAAAGCGAGAAUUCUCAAAAGUUAAAAAACGUAGAGUUAAUGUAUCCAUAACACCAGAUACAACUGUAUCAUAUGAGUCAAAGAACCAGUUCGAAGUUCUCAGCGUUAGUGACCACGAAGAAGAAGUAAACAAAUCUGCAUCAGAUCUGGAUCAAUCAGAGGCUAGACAACAUAAAGACCCGGUACGAGACACAACUACAAUAUCUAAGGAUGGAAAAACUUCUAUUCAUGAAGGUGGAAAAUUUAAAGAUGGCAAAUUUCAACCUAAUAUCUUGCUAAUUGGUGAUUCAAUGAUUAAAGAUAUAAAUCCACAUCUUUCAAAAAGCUCAGUUCGUAAGUUAACAUAUCCAGGUAAAAGAGCAGAGGAAAUUGCAAACGAGUUUCAAUCGGCCCAUGUCCACUCUCCUCCCACAGAAGUAAUUAUACACGCUGGUACUAACAACAUAAUCACCGACUCUAGCAAAGAAUGCUUCGAUAAUAUUCAGCUUCUAAGUUCCAGAAUAAAGAGCACGUUUAAGGAAGCUAGAAUCGCGAUAUCCAGCCUUAUAACGAGAGAGGAUAUUGAUGUAACAUUAAAGACACAAAAAACGAAUGAGUUAUUAAAGGAUCUAUGCUCAAAAGAGGGCUAUACCUAUAUUGAAAAUGGGAACAUAGAUGCGACUUGCCUGAAUGGGUCCAAGCUACAUCUUAAUGCGAAAGGUUCGGCGCUACUGGCUGUUCACUUCAUUAAAUUUAUUAGAGGAACUAGCUCACGAUCAAGUGAUGGGGGUUUUCCGAAGGAACUUCGACAACUGGGAGAGCUGUUAAGGUUGAUCAUGCCCCAGACGUCAAAGAAGCGAACUCAUCGAUAA